AUGCAUAGUGCUGAGAAGUUCAACUGGGCUGAGGCCGAGCGGCAGCCAGGUCCUGUCUGCCUAACAAUCUUCCUCCUCCAGUGUGCAAAAGUGGUCACAGUGUCUCCGCCAAAUGCCCCCACGGCCUCAGGGCCGUGGCUGUGCCAGCCUGCCCCCAGGUGUGGGGACCAGAUCUACAACCCCGUGGAGCAGUGCUGUGAUGACGACACCAUCCUGCCUCUGAAUCGGACUCGCCUUUGUGGCCCCAACUGCACCUUCUGGCCCUGCUUUGAACUCUGCUGUCCUGAGUCCUUUGGCCCCCAGAAGUUUGUCGUGAAAUUGAAGGUCCUGGGUGUCAAGUCCCGGUGCUUCUCAUCCCCUACCUCCAGAAACUGCCCCAGGUAA